UAUGCAGGGCUCAAUUGUCUGGGCCGCAUCACAAAUUGCCGAACGAAUACUGCUACUGAUUUUUCAAGAUUAGGUUUUUACUAACUUCUCAUUCUGCGUCCAGCCGCAGUCUUCGAGAUUACAGAAAUAUCUGUUAUUAUCUCAAAAUGUCAACAUUAAAUCCAUUUGAGCUUCUGGUUGAUGACGACGCUGAGGACCCAGCUCUUCUACUCGCCGCUCUUCAGAAAGCCGCCGCUCCAGCCAAAGCUUCAGCUCAGUCUCAGCCGGCGGCUAAGCCAUCGGCUAAGCUUCCCGCUAAGCCACUCCCUCCAGCUCAAGCUGUGAGGGAGUCGAGGAAUGAAGGUCAGCGUGGAGGUCGUGGUGGGGCCCGCGGGCGGGGUGGCCGUGGAUUCGGCAGGGAUUCAGUUGAGAAUGUGAACAAAUUUGAAAAUGGUAAUGGGUAUUCUGGUGGGUACAACAGGCGUACAGAAGAUGUAGAUGCUGGAAAGGCUCCUUCUGAAAGACGUCAAUAUGGCGGACCCCGCGGUGGUGGUGCCGCCUUCCGUGGCGGUGAUCGUAAUGGAGAAUCUGAGGAGGUUGACCGUCCUCGUAGGCCGUUUGAGCGUCGCAGUGGAACCGGCCAUGGGAAUGAGAUUAAGCGUGAGGGUUUUGGGCGAGGAAAUUGGGGAACACCCAAUGAGGAAAUAGUCCCGGAAAUUGAGGAACCCACCACCGAAGUGAAAAAAGUCAUCGACUCUGAAAAGAAAUCAGGAGAAGACGAAACUGAUGAUGCAAACAAAGACUCUUCUCCUAAAGAAAAAGAAGAAAAAGAGGCAGAAGAAGAAAAGGAGAUGACUUUGGAGGAGUACGAAAAGGUACUCGAGGAGAAGAGAAAAACACUGCUUUCAAUGAAGUCCGAGGCUAGAAAGGUCAAUGUUGAUAAAGAACUUGAAUCUAUGCAACUUCUGUCGAACAAGAAGAUUGAUCAUGAUGAUGUCUUCAUUAAAUUGGGUUCAGACAAGGAUAAACGCAAGGAAGCUGCCGAGAAAGCCAAAAAGUCAGUGAGCAUAAACGAGUUUUUGAAGCCGGUUGAAGGAGAGAAGUACAGCAGAGGGGGUGGGCGUGGAAGAGGACGCGGACGCGGGAGAGAAGGAUUCGGAGGAGGAGGAGGAGGAGGAUUCGGACGAAGCGAGCGGGCCCCAGCUAUUGAAGAUGUUGACCAGUUUCCGUCUCUUGGUGGAAAGUCAAACUAGUCUUUUUAGAGUGUAAAUUUACUUGUAUUUGCCUUUGCUUGGCAUGCAACUUAAUAUUUUUCAUUUGUCAACUUUUAGUUAUAUUGAAGUUGGUUCCUAACAAUUUUGUUACUUUCUAUGAAUCAUGGUUUUGUUUUAGUU